AUACUAUUCAUUUUUUUCAAGUACAAUAAUCUACAAUGACUUCGUUUUCUGACUUUAACAAAUGGACCACUGCUGGAGAGGUCGCUAAAGCUUUCGGUGACAACCUUCACGGCCGAAAUGUCAUUAUCACUGGUGUCAACCCUGUAGGCAUUGGCUUUGCCAUUGCUGAAGCCGUUGCUUCACAAGAGCCGGCUCUUGUUGUCAUGACAUAUCGCUCGAAAACCAAAAGUGACGAGGUCAUUGAAAAGCUUCGCGCGAAGUAUCCCAAUGUACACUAUCGUCCUCUAGAGAUGGAUCUGUCCUCACAGAUGUCCAUCCGAGCUGCGGCCAAGCAAGUCAACGAGUGGCCUGAGAACAUUGACCUGCUCUUCAAUAACGCUGGUGUUAUGUCUGUACAGGAGCGCACCUUGAUCGACGGAGUCGAUGUUCACUUCGCGACCAACCACCUGGGUCACUUUUUGUUUACGAAUCUGAUCCUUCACAAGCUUCAGAGAUCCGCAAAAACAUCUCCUGCAGGUUCUACUAGAGUCGUUAACGUCAGCGGUGGAUGGCACGCCUUAUCUCCCGUACGAUUCGAUGAUCUGAAUUUUGAGGGUAAGCCCUUGCCCGCGGAUCAGCAACCCAAUACGGAACUACUCAAGAAAUUUGGAUUCAACGCAACGGAAGGCUACAGCCCGGAAAUUGCAUAUGCUCAGAGCAAGACGAGUAACAUCUUGUUCUCCCUUUACCUCACUCAGCACUUAGCCGAACAGGGCAUUCUAUCUUUCGCUAUCUGUCCAGGUGGAGUAAUGACAGAUAUCGGCCGACACUAUCACGAAGAACGCGCCAAAGAAAUCUAUGCCUCGGGAAUUCUUGACAAGACACAAGACCAAGGCGCCGCUCCAGCCCUUGUCGCAGCACUGGAUCCCGCUUUGAAAGCUGGAACUUCUUGUUUCUUGGAUAACUGCCAGUUAAAGGACCCUGCUCGACAUGCUAACGAUCCUGUCAUUGCUGAAAGGCUUUGGCAUUUGAGUGAGGAGUUAGUUAGGGAGCGAUUUGUUUACUAGAGAUAAAGCAUUUCUGCUUUGGGUUAUAUGACAGCUAUGCAAUUUUUGAACAUACUCUC